GCCGGGUCACGCCGCAUAGGAUGAUGGUCCAUUAUCCAUCAUGGAGGCGAUAUUUCACGAGAAACAAGAAGGAUCCCUCUGUGCUCAGCAUUGCCUCAACAAUUUGUUGCAGGGAGAGUACUUCAGCCCUAUAGACCUCUCUACAAUUGCACAGCAGUUAGAUGAAGAAGAGCGAGAAAGAAUGGCAGAGGGAGGAACUACCACAGAAGAAUACAGAAUAUUUUUACAGCAACCUUCAGGGAACAUGGAUGAUAGUGGAUUCUUUUCAAUUCAAGUGAUUAGUACUGCCUUGAGUGUUUGGGGUUUAGAGAUUACCCUCUUCAACAGCCCAGAAUAUCAGCGAUUAAGGAUUGAUCCAGUAAUUGAAAGGGCAUUUAUAUGCAACUACAAAGAACAUUGGUUUACAGUGCGAAAAUUAGGAAAUCAGUGGUUUAACCUGAAUUCUUUAUUGACGGGUCCUGAGUUGAUCUCCGACACUUACCUCGCCCUCUUCUUGGCUCAAUUACAGCAAGAAGGUUAUUCGAUAUUUGUCGUAAGAGGAGAACUGCCAGAAUGCGAAGCUGAUGAGUUACUAAAAAGGAUGAAAGUGGUGCAACGAGAGAGGCCAAAGCUAAUUGGAGAGGAGGCAAAUCAGCGAACAGAAUUUGGUCAGAGGGUACAGAACAAUGACUGGGAACAAGCAAUUGAUAUGUCUAAAUCAAUUACAAAUGUUCUGGAUGAAGAUGAUGAAAAUCUGCAGCGGGCAUUGACAUUAAGCCGCCAGCACAUGGAGACAGAAGAUGAAGAAGCAGAUCUACGAAGAGCAAUUCACCUCAGCAUGCAAGGUUUUGGACAAGGGACAGAAAAUUCAGAAGUGACUUCAUCUCAGAAUGUUGCACAAUCUUCAAGGACAAAUCAAACUGAAACUCCUACAGCAGAGGAGCUACGAAGACGUAGACAAGCAUACUUUGAGAGAAAGCAACAAGUGCAACCAGAAAUUUCAGAUCAACCAGGAAAACAAAGCUCUGCAACUCGGAAGACCAAUUCAGCUAGCAUGACUGAACAAGAACUGCCUCAAGCAGAUGUGUCGAAAUCGCUAGAAGCUGAUGCCAAUGAUAAUUCAAAAGGGAAAGGAAGCUAAUAUGAAAACGAAUGUCCAGCAAUAACUGUAUUCCCGUUGCUGAUUCACUUGUACUACAUUCCCCUUGUACUUCAACCACAAAGACAAAUAUACAUGUUUUCAGAGAGAGCAAAUGUUAUGUUCACUCUUGAUGCAAAGAACAUUUGUGGUUGUCCUAUGGGAUCAUUUGUGGUAUAAAACUACAAGAUUUUCAGUUUCUGGUCCUCAGUUGUAGCACCUUACCUUCUGAAAAGCCCUCUUCAUGCACAACUUAGUUGAGUAAAUUACAGGGGAGAUUUGAAGGAUUUUGCACCCAUAAAAAUCUUGUGUUUUUGGCAUUUUAUGAUUUAAUUGUACAAUGAUGGGACCUAAGAAGACAAAAAUACUGAAGUGUUUACUUUUUGAAAAUAUACUUGUUUAAAUCCCUUAACUGUUGCCUGUGUCAAAAUCAGGUACAUUUUAAACUUUGGGCAUGUCGAGGGAGAUGGUAUGCAACAAGCACUUGAGCUUUGUGGGGUUUCUUUUGACGCUUGCAAGUUUGCAGAGCUAUUUUUGUUUGGACGUUGACCUGGUCUUGGUAUUUAAAUGCUGUUUAAUUGUUCUAACACAAAGUACCUGUUGAGUUUAAUGUGUAGUACAGAACCAUGCAGAUUCCUUUUUUAGUCUUUGAAUCUGCAAUUUAACCUAUUGAUUUCACUUUGAGAAGAUCAAACCAGGGAACAUAAAUAUAUAAAAUGGAGUUACGUGAGAUAAAGAAAACUGCACUUGAAUAAUCAAUGUGAAGUCAGCUCGGUCUUUUAAAAAGAUGUGGUUUCAUAUCAAGAUUUUCGCUGGGAAAUGUAAAGGACUAGAUGCUAGCUGUGUGCAUUUUACUGAUUGUAUGCUGUAUUCCUGAUUGCAUAAUAUAAACAGUCAAAAUUGCUGUGUAUUGAGAUUUUUUGUUGCUUACACUACAUAUUAAUGUCUGUAUGAAGUUCAUGUGUUUGUAUGGACCAAGGUAAAACAGUAUAACCUGUUGCAAUCUUUUUCCUUUCUUCUGCAUGCUCUGAAAGUCUUAAACUUUGGCAGAUGAGAAUGGUUGUUUGUCCAAAGCUCAAAUUUAGGCCUUCUGAAUAAUACUGUAGGUACAGUAGCCUAGUGGUUAUGGUACUGGACCUAGCAGUCAGGGAUUCAAUCCCAUUAUGGCAGGUUUUGAAAUUGCAUUCAAUAAAUAUGAUAAUAAGUGGGCUUCUACCAAGUAAAAUUGAUCAUGAAAGUUGCUAGAUUGUCAUAAAAACCCAACCAAUUCUCUAAUGAACUUUGAGAAAGUGAUGGACGCUUAAUGUCCUCAGCCCAACUAGGGUGAUUAUACAAAUGUUCCUUACCGUUUUGCCCAUAUCUCAAGAACAAUUUUUAAAAUUGUAAAAUGCAUUAAAAAAUCAGUGCAAAUUUGAGGAAAGAAUGACUGCAUUUUUAUUGCAUUCCGUCAUUAGUCUGCCUUUGCCCGAAUGUUUUGACUUAACCUGAAGCAAAGUAUUGCAGUAACCAGCAGCAUUCCAGCACCAUGCUGUAAGUGGUAUUUUUCACACACUGAUCCAAACAGUGCAUAUCAGCAGGGUAUUCUAACAUGAGUGUGUUGUGGGCAGCAGGGUGGCACAGUGGAAUCAUGGCUGAGCUGAAUUAUCUGCUCAGAAGGAAGCACAGCUCUUUGAGCAGAAGCCUGUGAUAGUGGCCAGAUGAGACUUAUUUUCGUCACCUUCCCUUUCUGCCUUCUAUCACCUAGCCUGGGAACACAGGGGCCAAUUGUAGCUGGCACAUUGAUUCAUCUCAAUUAGAAUUGCAAAGACCAGGAAUAGAACAUGAGAAUUGCCUGCUUUGUGGCAGAGUGCUAAAUCAUGCACUACCUUUAACCACUGAUUCAUCGGGAAUCUUAGUACUUUCAUUUCUAGCAAGAGACACAAAUUUGUCUUAGAAAAUUCUGUAAAAUAGCAUCUUGACCAGAUUCAGUCCUUGGACUCAAAAAAGUUACCUGAUCUCAGUUGGUUUGUCAGCAGGCAUAAUCAUUGACCUCCUUGUACCUAGAGUAACAUGGAGAAAUCAAGCCAAGUGCUCCUUGGCCUCUGCGGAGGAACAGCCUGUUGGUGAUCAAGUGUCAAGGCUUAUGGGAACAGUAGCCUCUUGUAUAAGGAAUGAGAGGGUGGACUAAUGCCUGUAGAACCUUACCUCAGUUGUAGUCAAUGCUUUCAAGAGAAGAAAGCAUUGAGUAGAAAAUGAAAACCAGAACUUGCCUCUUUUUGCAAUUUUGUGUGUUUUUAAGUGUUGCCACCAAACUAUAGCAUAAUUUGAAACUACUAUAAUCUCUGGCUAUUUUAUUUUUUAACAGAUGUGGCAAUGUUUUAAGUGUUUCCUGAAACAGCUGCAGUACUUAUAUGUUGAUUGGAUUUACUGAAGUCUGGAUUUUAAUUUCUCUGUAUUAAAAGUUGCCUGCAGAAGCAAAUAUUGCAAUUUUAACUCAGCUUCAUUUAAAAAGAAUCUAAUAUAGUAAAGAAUGUUGGAAGAAACAAGAGUCCCUUGCUAUCUUGUUUCACGUUGCCAAGGAGGCAGAUGACGUCAAGUAAGAUUAAUUGUGCUUUGCAACGCUUUUUGCGUGUGCAUUCUGAAGAUAAGAUGUGUUGGUCUCUAAAAUAGUAUCCAUGUCGCUGUGUAUCAAAUAAAGUUGCAUUUUUGGA